AUUCUUCUUAUUUUAAUGGCGGUUAUGGUGAUGAAAUCUGUGUUUUACAUUGAAUUUUAUUUAAAUUAAGUCGUACUGAUAGAAACAUUGUUCAAAGAUUUUAUACAUUUGUUUUUACUGUACCUCAACUUUUAAGAAAUAUCUGAAAUAUUAAUAUAAUGAGUACUGCCGCUUCAACUCCGCUUUUUGCUUGUUCUCGUUGUUUCUCAAGACAUCCUUUUGAAGAAUUAUCUCCAGGAGAGCAGCUUUGUAAGGAAUGUCGCGGUUUAUUCCCUGUUGUCAAAUGUACCUAUUGCCGUUCCGAAUUUCAACAAACAAGUAAAUCAAACACAUCAUCUAUUUGUAAGAAAUGUGAGGCAAAUGUCAAAUUAUACGGAAAACCUACAGCAUGUGAAUAUUGUAAUACUAUAGCUGCAUUUAUUGGUAAUAAAUGCCAACGGUGUGCUAAUUCGGAACGAAAGUACGGGGCGGCUGUAACUUGCGAGCAAUGCAAGCAGAGGUGCGCCUUUGAUCGACACGAUGAUAGCAAAAAGAACAUGUUGCAGGUGGACGGCAAGCUGCUGUGCUGGUUAUGCACACAGUCACUUAAAAGGGCCUUGGCCAGGACCAAGCAGCAUCUCUCCGUUGACAAACACAAGCAUCGUGGGCACAAGUUAAGCAGUCACAAAGAUAAGCGCAAAUCGGACAUGAUGAAAUCUAAAAACUCCGGAGACUCGCUGAAUGAAUCUCAGCCAUCGGAGAAGAAGUCCAAAUUAAAUCCCUUGCAAGGUGAGCUGGACCCGAACAGCUCAGACCACGUGGUGGCGAUGACGCAGCUGAAGGAGACCAUCGCCAGCCUGCAGAAGAAGGUGCAGCAGAAGGAGAUGGAAUUGCUCUCUAAAGACAAACUGAUUACGGAGUUGAAAGCUCAACAUCACAACAAUACAACGGAUCUCCGCAAUGAAAUGAAGAAUAAAGAACGAAUGAAUGAAACUAAAUUCACUCUGAUGAACACAAAGAUACAAAACUUACUGAAGGAGGUGGCAACACUUAGUAAAUCCGCAAAGAAAAAUAAUAAAAAUACAAAAUCAUUGCUAAGCAACACUGAAAAUAGUGGCAGUGGAACUGACAGCCCCAGUACUAAUUAGAAGAAAUACGAUUUUUUUUUUCGUUUCUCAAACAGGUUUAUAAACUACCACAUUAUUUAUAUUAGUAAGCAAUUGUUAUCCUUAUUUGUACGUAUUAGGGAUGCACGAUUUUUUUUUUAAAUUUCUAGUAGAUUAAUCAACAACUACGAAAAAUCAGUUUUUCUUUUUAAUGUUUGAAUUAAAAUAAUCCAAUUCUUGAAAAUAAUGUAGUAGCCCACCGAUUUAACAUAUUAAAGUACUGGGGUAUGUUAUGUUAUCCACAAUUUUUGUUAUAUCGAAUGAAAAAGAACUAAUUGAGAGCGAUCUUCUUUUUUAAUACGUUAAAAAAUAAUUUAAGCACCAGUAAAAUCCAUUACUGCAAUAAAAUCAAGGAAACAUGCAAAAUUUAAUUUAUCUACAAAAUAUAAGCAAGAGAAUAUAGAAAAUUCUAAAUAAAAUGUUUCGUGUGUUGAGGAAGUACAGUUUUACAAUCAAAUGGUAAAUCGUAAGAAAAAUCUAAAAACCGUAAUUUAAUUAUAAUGUUCAUAAAAUCAAAUCUAAUUAAUAAUAUUGUACAAAUCGGAGAUUUAGCAAAUAAGUUUUGGGUAAAGUGACAAUUGUAUUUUUUUUUAUUAAAUAUAUUUAUAUGUAUGUGUAAUAGUACCGUGCAUUCCAUAUAUAUUUAUAGUAAUACAGAAUGUAUGUAAAAUAGAAUAGAUUAUAUAUGACAUAAUAAAAUAUAAAAAAAUCGAACUUUAUGUUCAACCUAAAAAUGUAGAUUACAAAUUGUUUUGACUGAAUUCUUAUGUCAAUUUUGAAUUAACAAUAUUCGGUGUAUAAGUUAUAUUAUCUGUGGUUAGUACUUAUGUUAAAAAAAAAGUUUCUAAGCCAAAUCGUUUGAGAAACUAUCCUUUUAUAUUCAAACAAUGGAAAAAUUUUCCUCUUAUUUUUUUAUUCUACAAAUGGUUUCAUUUGUAGACUUUUAUAAACUUAAUCAUAAGUAGGUUCCAAUUUGACAUUUUUUUUUGUUUAUUUUUAAGAGUAAUUAGCGUUAAGAUGAAUAAUUUAUUCAUUAGAAUGAAGCAAUAGUUAUUUAAGACAACAAAUGCGGGUUGACGGUAUUAGAUCAAAAAAAUUCAAUAAUCAUUUUUGAGAUUAUAUUUUUUUUUGCUCUAAGCAUAAAGUGAAACAAUAACAUGGUUUUUAUUUAAUUUGGCCAGUGAGAUAGAAUAAUGUGAACGAAACGAUUAUUCUAAGAUUUUUUAAUUAAAUGUAAACAAAGGCCUAAAUUAUGGCUAUAGGGAAUUUAUCCCCUUCGACCAGCACAUUAUUAAUUGUUAAAAUUAAUUAUUUAAUUACUAAUAUAGUAGUUUGUAUCUUCCUUACUUUUUGCAAGUUUUGUUUUAUUGGCAACACUGAAGCAACGGUGGCGACAUCUCAUUUUUUUCAAUUUUGUUCUACAUUUUUAAAUGAUGUUACCAUAUAAUUAAAUUUACAUUUGUUUACAUGUUUUGUCUCGUAUCUGGUCGCAGUAAUUGUGAUUUUUUUUUAUUUUGUAAUAACGCAAAUGCUGUAAGCCAUAUUGAUGAAGCAUUGUUAUGAAUGCGAAGUCUUGUACGCGGUAAUUGUUAGCAUAUCAAUGUGAUUUCGUUUUAGUGUAGUAUUGUGUCCCAAAAUAAGUAAAUUUAUUGAAAUUAUGUAUUGUUUUAAUGAAUAUUUCAGGUCAACAUGUACAAGAAAUCAAUGAAUGAACAAAUGUAGAAAUGUGU